ACCGAAUGAUUAGGUCACGUGGUACAAAAUUCGAGUCUUCGUGGCGUAGCUUGUUCAGCUGCUCGUCGAAGCGGCUGUCGGACGGUCGCCUCUUAGCGAGUCGCUGUACGAUGUAGCGGCCAUUUUUGUUCUUAGUUCAUUAUAGCGUGCGCAUAUUUAAUGUCUCUAGAAGGAUAUUUUAGCAAUUUUCACGAUGACUAUCAUAGUCUUUCUAAUAGAUACAUCAGCUUCUAUGAACCAAAGAGCUUAUUUGGGCGGACGCCCAACAUUGCUCGAUGUAGCCAAGGGCGCUGUGGAAACGUUCGUAAAGGUUCGACAACGUUCUCCUGAAAGCAGAGGUGACAGAUAUAUGCUUCUAACUUUCGAAGAGCCACCCGCGAACAUCAAGGCAGGAUGGAAGGAGAAUUUAGCAACAUUCAUAAACGAAUUGAAGAAUUUGCAAUGCCUUGGCUUAACAACUAUGGGUGCAGCCUUGAAACAUGCCUUCGAUGUUUUGAAUAUAAACCGUAUGCAGACUGGUAUCGAUACAUAUGGACAGGGCAGGUGCCCAUUUUAUUUAGAACCAUCGGUUAUUGUGGUAAUAACAGAUGGAGGAAAAUUAUCUAGUAAUGCUGGCAUUCAGGAAGAGUUUAAUCUGCCUAUGAAUUGCCCUAUACCUGGGUCUGAAUUGACCAGGGAACCAUUUCGUUGGGACCAAAGACUGUUCUCGUUGGUGCUCCGAUUGGCUGGUACACCUGCAGUUGAGAGGGACACUGGCCUUGUGCCUUCUGAUUCUUCACCUAUCGACGCGAUGUGUGAAGUCACUGGUGGGCGAUCGUAUUGUAUCACGUCACACCGUAUGCUCAUGCAAUGUAUCGACAGUUUGGUACAAAAGGUGCAGAGCGGUGUCGUAAUCAACUUCGAGAAGAUUGGUCCGGACCCGCCGCCUAUAGACGGUGGCAAUAAUCGGGAUGGCACAGACCAACCCGAAGACAUGCCACAUGAUGUGGAAAAGGAGAUGGAGGGAGACGCCGACAGGAAUGGGCGGUGGAACGGCGGUCCCUAUCAAACGGGAAUGCCUCCGAACCAAGGCCCUAGCGCGCCUCAAGCAUGGCACUCUUGCCGCCGACUUAUAUACGUCCCAAGAACCGUGGCCCAGAAGGGCUUCGCUGUUGGAUUCUGGCCCAUACCGGAAUCUUUCAGGCCCGAUCCGAACGCACCGACUUUGCCGCCUCGAUCGGCGCAUCCCGUGGUAAAGUUCACGUGCUCCAGUCAGGAGCCGAUGGUGAUUGACAACUUACCUUUCGACAAGUACGAGCUGGAACCGAGCCCCCUUACGCAGUUCAUUCUGGCUAGGAAACAGCCGACCAUCUGCUGGCAGGUGUUCGUUGCUAACAGUGGUUGCAAGAACUCUGAAGUGAAUCACCCCUUCGGCUACCUCAAGGCGUCAACUAAUUUGACUUGCGUGAAUCUGUUCGUGCUUCCGUACAACUAUCCGGUAUUGCUCCCGCUGCUCGACGACCUGUUCAAAGUGCACAGAUGCAAACCAACGCCCGAGUGGAAGUUGGCAUUCCAGCAGUAUUUAGAUAGGAUGCCUUCGUACUAUGUCGCGCCUCUUCGCAGAGCGUUAACAAAAAUGGGUGCUUCGGCGCCUCUGCUUCAAAGCUUAAUACCAGACACGCAGGAUAACUCUCUCAGCUUCUCAGUGCUAAACUACUUGAAGAGACUGAAAAACCAAGCAAAGAUCGAGUUUGAGAAGUUGUGCGCUGACGUCAUCAACAAAGCUUCCAGCAAUAACACGCAAAAGAUAGCAGAGAGCGUACGAGUGAUGCCCCGAUCUCCUCUAAAGAAAGACUUGACGACGCACCCGUGCCUCCAAGACAAGUUUACGGCGUUACGCGAUCAAUUGAACGAAUUCGGGGGAUUCGUCGUUGGCCUGUCGAGAGGGCGGCAUAAGGCGCAGGCGCAUACGUACAGAAACCCUUUCGACAUACAGAGGAGAGAUCUGCUAGAUCAGGUGGUCCGCAUGAGGGCGAACUUCCUUCAACCAUCGCUGGCACACACUCGCCUCGUGGACGAGGACAGCGUGCACUCUAUGCCGGUCGCGCAGAUGGGCAACUACCAGGAGUACCUGAAGCGGAUGACGCCACAGCUGCGCGAGAUCGAGUCGCAGCCGGUGCGCCAGCACAUGUUUGGCAACCCGUUCAAGAUAGACAAGCGAAUGAUGGUGGACGAGGCGGACGUUGACCCGGUGGGGGCGGCGGUCCGCAGCGGUGCGGGCGGUGCGGCGGGGAGUGGCAAAAGGGGCGCGGAGAGGCCUCCCGCCGCGCCGCCUAAAAGGAAGGCGGGGCCGAUACCGCUGCACGUGGUCGCGCGCCGCCCCUCCUCGCCCGUGCCGGCCGUCAUUACCCCGCCUUCACCUGCAGCGGUUCCUAUACCUGCGCCUGCGACGCCCCCGCCGCCUGUGGUUCAGCCAGUUCUCGCGCCGCUCUCGCCUGUGCUACGCCGACCGACGUCGCCGCUAGCGCCAGCGCCGCCGGACCUACCGCCACCGAGACCGCCCGAGGAGCCUCCGAUUGUGGACACGGGGGGCCCGGCGAUGGCGACACUGGGGGGACCCGUUGCGCCGCCACCUUCGCCGCCAGUGCUUGCCCCUACAAACCUUCCGCCUGUUAUUAAGCCUUUUCUCAAUGGAGAUGCGUAUACGACGAUGGGCAGCAAAAUGCCGCGUUCUCCCUCUCCACCAGAGGAACCUUUACCCCCUCCACCGCCUCUUCACGAUACGCAAGAGUUGCAGAUCAAUGCCAUAUUGCAAGGCAUCGCGGCAGAGAACAACUCUCACGCUAGACCCGCCAAGCGGAAAAGAAAGGAAUUGCAGAUCAACACUAUAUUGCAAGGUCUCGCGGCAGAGAACACCUCGGAGUCUAGGCCUACUAAGUGGAAAACAAAUAGCGAAAAACCACCGGCUAUGCCGAUUCCACUGCAGCCCACGCGGAAAGAGCUGGCUGAUAUCAAGAAGCACAACCUCGACGUACGCUCAGAAGUGUUCAGGGCGAUACGGAGACCGGGCAAAGAUUACACAAAAUUGUUCGAACAUUUAAAACAAUUGAAAGGUGGUGUGGAUAUUAAAAAGGAAGUGAUACGGGAAGUGAUAAACGAAUCGCUCAGGUUCAAACGCAAGGUUCUCGCGAACCUGCUAGAAGAAUUCUUGGCGGGACUCGAGAAGAACGGCAAUAGUUCUUCGUCAGUAGGAAUGAAGAGGAUGGCGAAUGCACUCUAUGCCAAUGCGCAUAACAACCACAGCUAGUGUAAGUGCGGACGUUAAUGUUGAUACGGAGAACUUUAAAAGCUCAAUUCGGUAACGUGUUUUAAUAUUUGUGUAAGGAAGGUGUUAAGUACUCCGCGAAAAUGUGACGUGUUUUAAUGAAUUGACAAAUAUGUAAUAAAUACUGUUUGUUUGUUUGUUUUACCUUAUGAGUAAUAUGUCGUCGAUCUUUUAGUAAACCAAAUGAGAUGAAUUAUUAUUUCUGUCCUGAUUUAUAAUGCCAAGUAGAGAAAUGUACUGAAAAAUAAAUCGAUCUCUCCUACAGAUGGGAAAAAAGACCAACAUCUUCUCACUCCUAAGUUUAUAAGGGAAUUUUCUGUGUCGUGCGUACGUACCUACGUCGUUACGUGCUACUGAUAUUUUUUUUCACUGCUUGAUUAUGUGAUGAAACCAUUGCCUAAUCAAUUAAUCAUCUUUGAAUUUUGCUUCUCUAAAGAUCUGAAGGAUGACAGGUACUUAUUUUACAAAUUAUAGUAAUGUAAAGUACAGUAAAGAUGAAGUUAAAGAUUUAAAAAGUCUACCUUAUUGUUUUCAUCUAAAUCAAAUAAAAUUAUUGUUCUGUGCAUUUUCCUACUUAUUGUAAAACAUUUUUUUAACAAGUUUAUUUGGACUGAAAUGAAGAUUCAUAAUCUAUAAAUUUAUGUCAUAACUAGAAAUUUAUAACAGAUGAAUUUAAUAUGACAUUACAGUUUGGUUACACAAUUGUUUACCUAUAUUGCUUGGGAAUUAUUUUAAAAGGGACCAUAGGAUGCAACGAACAUUAUUUUCAAAGUGGCUCGCAGUAUUGCCUCCAAAACUAGAUUUGAUUUGAAACUUGAGGAAUUUUUCUUUCCGUGUUAAAUAAUUAUUAAUAGGUUAUACUUACUAGACUGGACAUAUUUUAUUUACAUAUUGUGUUUAGUUGAUGACCCAAUUUUGUGACUCCGCCUGCAUUUAUGUUUAGAAAUAGCUUUUUAAAUAAGUUACGGAAGAAAUACUAUGUUGGUAGUAUGUAAUACACCAAUUGACUGCAUAAAUAUGUGUGUCUAUUUCCGAAAUAUAGUUUAUACACGUAACAACAAAAAAUAUUUGAAUAUUGACGUUCAAGCGAAAUUGGACUUUAAAAUUGACAAAUGUUAACUGUGUAAAUAACACGUGAUUAUUAAACCAUUUGAUACAACUAAAAUGUAUUUGGAAAUGCUUUUACAGCAUAAUAUUUACGUUUGAUCAUAUGUUUUUAAUGUUGUGGUAUUACAAUUAGUUUGGAUGUAUACCACACUCACAUAAAACUUUAGACUACAUGUCAAUCCAGCUAUCAAAUGGUGGCUUGUAGUAUAUACUCCAAAUUUUUUGGCGUUUUAUUCAAAUCAAUUCGGCUUCGUAAACGAUUUGAGAAUAAAUUAUUAAAUAUAUUUCUAAUAAAAGAAGGAAAACAACACAUUUUCGCGGUGAAAUUUUUUUACAACACAUGAUUCGAAAGGACUUGUUGUUAUUUGUAUUGAUCACUUGUUGCCAGUUAAUGGUUUCGUAGGAUUCAAAGUUGCAAUAUUUGUAUUUUAGCAGUAUGAAAUAUUAAUUUUAUGUCUCGAAUUGUCCAGUUUUACUAACGCCUUUACUAGACCUCAUUUGCACAUAACAUUAGCUUGAUUGAUGAUCUCAAGUAAUUGUAUCUCUGCACUAACAUUCAUUUUACCAAUAGAUUCAUACAUAAGUAAUUUAUAUUUUUUUUUGUCCUAUGAAAGAGGUCAGUCACCAUGAAACUAUUUUUUUCCCCAAAGCAUUUAUUUAAAAAUACAUUGAGUUUUGUUUUAUGUCUUUUAAUGAACAUGUUUCUUUUGUUUUUAUUGAUAAAUAGGCUACCAGUUUUUCUCGUCAUUUUGUUGUUCUGUGCAUUGUGCUAAAUGGAAAUGAAGCAAUACGAGAUUAAGGUGAUUUAGUAUGAAAUUUAGUCAUGUGUGCAAAAUGACAGUAAAAUUGAGUAUUUCAAAUGUGUAAAUAUCCAGUGUACAUAUUAGAUGUAGGUAUUAUUACCAAUGAGAAUGUAUGUGUAGGAUGCUACGAAGCAUCGUGAAACACGGCCGAUGGUGUGACCGAACACACGAAUAUGAUUUUAUUUUAAAAGUGUACUUAUUUGAGCGCUUUAAAUAUUAUAGUAAGUACUUGUGUGGGUUCUGUUGUUGUUGUUGUUGUUGAUGAGAUCUGUUUGAUUCUUCAUAUGGAGUCGAAUGGUUCGGCCACAUUAUCAGGCGUUUGGUCAAUUUGUAAAGUGUAUUAUAUCUUUUUUAAAUAAAUUAUGGUCCUUUUUGGAUUUUUAA